AUCAAUCAAUAAUGUCAUUUAAUUAGUCCAUGCUCUCUUUAUAUCAAUAUCAUAGCUCCUGUAUUUGCAAUUGUGUAUUUCAUUUAAGCAAUGGAAACCAUUAUUUCAACAAACACAGAAAAACUGAAAAACUCCCUACCAAAAGAGUUGUGGUUCGAUGGUUAUCCCUUGUACUUCUACCAAGGGUUUUGGGCUCCAACACUUGAAUGCAUAACUUCCUUUCAAAACCAUUUUGAAGCUCAAGACACUGAUAUCUUCGCAACCAGCUUUCGCAAAGUAGGCACAACUUGGCUCAAAUCCUUGGUGUUUGCCAUUUGUGACCGCGCAAAUCACCCACCUUCAAAGAGCCCCUUACUCACUCAUAACCCUCAUGAGUUAGUCCCCCAAUUCGAGUCCAAUAUUUAUGCUAAAUCAAAGAGUCCAAAUCUUAGCACCAUUAAGUCUCCUAGGCUUUUUGGUACACACAUCCCAUUUUCAUCCUUGCCAAGUUCAAUCAAGGGCGACUCAAAGAGCAAGAUCAUAUAUAUCUUUAGAAACCCAUUUGACACUUUUGUGUCCUCUUGGUUGUUUUAUCAAAAAGUGGAUAAUCACAAGGCUAAUAUGACGCCUAACAUGUUUAACCAAUUUUUUGACAUGUUUUGUGAAGGGAAAGUUCCUUUUGGACCGUACCCUAAUCAUGCAUUAGGGUAUUGGAGGGAGAGCCUCAAGAGGCCGGAGAAGGUGUUGUUUAUUAAGUACGAAGAUUUGAAGGCAGAUCCUAAACCUCAAUUGAAAAUAAUUGCGGAAUUUAUAGGAUUCCCAUUUUCAAAUCAAGAGGAGCAAGGAGGUGUCAUUGAUGAUAUUGUCAAGUUAUGCAGCAUUGAUAAUAUGAAAAAGGUCGCGGUAGAUAGUGAACAAGUUUAUCCUCUUAUUCAAAAUGAUAUUUUCUUCCGUAAAGGGGUGGUAGGAGAUUGGACUAAUCAUUUGACUCCAUCCAUGGUGGACAAGCUUGGGAAGAUUAUGGAAGGAAAAUUCUACGAUACCGGUUUAACAUAUAUGUAAGAAUGAUUGUCAUCAUUACCUUAACUAAAAUGUGCUUUAAUUUGUAUUUGCUUUGUGGUAAAAUAAUCGAUCACAUAUGAUGGGUGAUCUACGCUUGUAUUUAUUUCUAUUCUUAAAUAUGUUUCCUAGCGCUUGGUACCAAGUGUAAGGGAACAAGCUUGGAACGGCUUAGGGAUAUCCCCAACCCCCUUAUUUGUAUUGCCAAGUAGUUUAUAUUGUCUGUAACCCGAAUCCCCUUUUAGCUUUUGUAUUAGUUUGAUUAAGAGGUUUAAAUUUGCUCGUUAUUGUCUAAUGUUAGUUGAGAGCUAGCCUUCUUUUGACCGUUGUCAACAAUAAAUAAAAAAAUAAAAAAAUAAAAAAAAAAAAACUUCUUUUAUUAUUAGAGGCUAAGAUCCAUGAUUACUUGAUAUAAUUGAUCUGGUAUAAAUUUAUUAAUUUUCUAAUUACAGCUUUUGAUUGAGGUGACCUUAUAACGAUGAUUAUUAGCAAAGCCGAGAUCAUAGACGCACACAAAAGUUUCAUAACCAAACAAACCCAAAAUUGGCUGCCUAAUUGCCUAUAAAACGCCUCACAGCCCAAUAUAAAACCCAAACCACAAUAUCACUUAUCCUUUUCCCGAACAUUCCACCAAAAAUAGAAAUUCCUGAAAACAAAUCCUUCUAAAUUUCCCAAAUCAAACACCUCUCAAAUCUCAAUCAAACCCUAAUUCUCUCUCAUCGCAAAAAUGGAGGUCACCGGAGAAAACCUCACCCUUCUCCAGAAAAUCCGGCCACCAAAUCUCGAAGACGCCGGCUUAGAAGACUGCGCAUUACCUCCAGAUUUGAUCAAAGAAGCUUUUCUCAAAGCAGCCUCCGCCGUUGGCUCACGCGCCGCCUCUGUUUUCGCCGUCGAUGAUGACGAGAUCGACGGCGGAUGUGUGAGUGAUCCUUGGAUUGAAAAACACGCGCCGUCGGAUGCAUUGGUGGGGGUUGAACCUGAGAAAUCGCCUCCGGGAGCAUGCGCCGCCGGGAAGGGUGGCGCGUUGGUCGGAGAUGGUGAGGCGGCGGGUGAUGUGGUGGUUGUCGGAGAGAAAAAUGGGGAGGAGGUGGAGGGUGAGGUGGUGAAUGCUGGCGGUAAUGACGGUGGCCAAGGCGGGGAUUGUGUUGAUGGGUUAAGGGGAUUGGAGAUUAAGGGGAAGAAAGAAGAUGACGAAGAAGAACAAGAUGAGAAGAAACUUACUUUAGUUGAGGGUUUUUUUUUUAAUACUUGAAAAAUACUCCUUAAAAGUUUUAAGGUUUUUGUAUUAUUUAGUUUUUUUUAUGUUGUAGUUUCUGUUAAUAUAGAAUAAAUGUUGUAAAAUGUGAGCUUAAUGAAAUGGUAUUUGAUUCUGUUUUUA